AUGAAAUAUAUAUUUUUAUUUUUAUUUUUUUCAUUACUUGUAAGGGGAUAUAUUAGACUUGGAAAUAAAGUAAAUUAUUCCAAUUUAAUUAAUAAAAAUGUAUCAAAAGAAAAAUAUAAAAAGGUAUAUACUAAAAAGAAGUAUUACUUAAAUAUUUUUAAGGAAGAAGAAGUUGAAGAAAAAUACAAUACUAUAGCUACAAUCAAUAGUUUGCUAGGAAAGGUGAGAAGGCAAUUUAAUAUAAAUUUCAACUUAGAAGAAGAAAAAUUAGGAAAAGAAAAAAAAAAAAAUGAUAUUAAAGAUGAUAAUGAAAGGAAUGAAUUAAAAAAUAUUUUUGGUACCAUGUUAGAUGGGAGUUUUAAAAUAGGAAGAGCAAAUACUAUGUUUAAAGAAUUAAAAGAAGAAAAGAAAUUGGUUGAUUUGAAAUACAAAGAAUUAAUAAGAAAAAAAUUAGAAUUAAGAAGAAAUCAAUUUAAAAAAUUAGAAGAUGAUAUAAAUAACGGAACAUUUAAAUCUCCUUAUAGUGAAGAACAAAGAGAGUUCUUAAAAAAGGUGAUGAAAGAAAAAGAGGAGGCAAUAGAACCUAUAGCGAAGGAAAUAGAAAAAGUAGAAAACAAUAGAUAUUUAAUAAUUGAUGACAAAAAUGAACUUCUAGUGAAAUUAAGAGAAGAUAUUCAAAAAAAAUUAGAUGAAAUAGACUCCAAAUAUGAAGAACAAUAUAUCAAGUUAGGAAUAAAAGAAAAAAUGGAUGAUUUUUAUAAUAAAACAAAAACUCCAUUAGUAUGGGAUUUGACUCAAAUGGAUUGGCCUAGGGCUAUAUAUCCCUUGAUAAAUGAUAUGAAACUAGAAGCGGAUGUAUAUUGGGAGUCAACAGUAGUUGGUGGGAAUAGAGAAAAAAAUGAAUAUUUUUUUACUCCAUAUAAUUUGCCUUCUUUAGGGGAAAAAAAAAAAAGGAGAAAGGGGAGAGGUGUGGGUAGUAAAAGAGGAGGAUCUUCAGGAAGAGGAAUGAAGGGGCAAAAAAGUAGAAGCGGUGGUUCUAUUCCUAUUGGUUUUGAAGGAGGACAAACACCCUUAUAUAGAAAAUUACCAAAAUUUGUUUCUUCACCACUAGGACCAGGUAGACGCUUUAAUAAAUAUGACUAUGAAUUAAUCCCAUUGAAUUUAAUCAAUUUAGCUUACAGCAGAAGUGGAGAAAAAAAAUAUCUCGAAAUUGAUUGGAAUGUUAUAGACAAGUUAGGACUAAGAAUAGGAAAAUAUAAAAGAAGGCAUCCAAUAAAAGUCGUUGGAUGUAAUUUAAAAAGAUUUAAAAUGAAAUAUGGUUAUGAUUUCGAAUUUUAUGCAAAAAAUGUCCUUGUCAAAGCUCACUCCUAUACAGUUAGUGCAGCUAGAGAAAUUAUAAAACAGGGAGGAAGAUGCUUGUUAUUAAAAAAAAAUACGCAUGAUAUAGUAUAUUCAGAGUAUAAUCCAGACGAUGAAAAUUUUAAUAGAAUUCCAAAAAGAAUAGUAUUUUCAGGAAAACCUUCCAAAUAUGAAAGAAGAUUACACUGGUUAAAAGAAAUGAAAAAGGCUAAUGAGCAAAUAACUCAAAGUUAG